AUGCCUGUUGUUGUUGUGUUUGGCAAGGAGGCACAACCUAAGCCGCCCUGGAGACUUCGUGUGCCAGCCAGACCAUUCCGUCGCUCAGGGACUGAGCUGCGGAGACGCCGGGGCUUGGAGAUUGGGGUGGAUGGCGUAGUAGCAAACGCUGUUCAUGGAAUGCUCCCUCAAGUAGGCGCUUGGUGUUGGGUCCAUCAUUGCGGAGACAAGAAGGUGUUCAAGCAUGAAGGACAACAACAACAGCAGCAGCAGCAGCAGCAGCAACAGGUGGGCCAUUGGUGCCGCUUGCAAUUCCAGGGUACCAAAAUAUCCAAAAUUCAUAUAUUCACAGAAUAUUUAUAA